GCUAAGAGCAUUUUACGAAAUCGUGGUGUCGCAAUAACCGGUGGCCGCUACAGGUGGAAAACCUGGAGCUGCCAUGGUGUAUAGGUGAAUGGUCGUCACUUCUGCUCGCUCCGUGAGCCUGGCAGGUGCUCGCGCCGGCCUCCGCUGUGACUGGCCCAUUGACAUCAGAAUGACACUCGCCAGAUCGAUUUCAGUGCUGCUAAUUGCCGUUUUUUGUGCCGCAACUGAUGCUGCUCUGCUGCCCACCAUGAAAGAGGCUGUGGAUAUCCUCGCGGACAUCGCCACCGAGCAAGCUUCGCAGCGAUUGUUCACCGUCCUAAACAUCAACGAAGAAUUGCGAGUGCAGGAGCCCGUGCCACCCGAUCGUCCUUUUCCCUGUAAAGUGUCGUCAAACGCGUUCACUGCGGCGCCUAAAUCGGUGCACGAACUUCGGCCGCAGGAUAUCAGCGUCGUCGCCACCCUCGGCGACAGUUUGGUCACUGGCUAUGGAGCGCUGGCCGAUAGCAUUGUUGGCCUCUUCCUAAAAAACCAGCAAGUUUCCUGGGCAAUAGGUGGGGAUCAAGACUGGCGUUCGGUGACCACGAUUCCAAAUCUGCUGCGAAAGUUCAACCCAGAUUUGAUCGGAUUCGCUGUCGAAGGGUCAGAGGCGCACUUUGGAAUGGGAGAAGCACGAUCCCACGAUGAAAACUUACUGAGCCAGGCGGAAAAACUCGUGGCCAAAAUGAAGAGUGAUCCUCGUGUCGAUUUUAAGCGGCACUGGAAGAUGGUGACAAUAUUGUCAGGGCACAACGAUAUUUGCAGUGGUGAUCCAUGCUUCCCGUCUCCAAAGGCGGCCGCUUUGGAGCACAAGGAAAACCUGCGAAAGGUACUGGACUAUCUGCAAGCAAAUUCGCCUAGGACCUUCGUUAAUCUUCUUCCAGUUAUGGACGUGACUGCGAGCUGGCAGAUUGAAAAAUCGUUUUUGUGCGCAGUGAUGAGUGUGAUCGAGUGUCGAUGUCUUUAUGGUCCCGGAGGAGCUGACAACGUCAAAAAACUGAAAGCGAUUGUUGACGCUUUCCACGUCGCGGAGAACGAUCUGAUCUCAAGCGGACGUUAUGACAUAAAAGACGACUUUACAGUUAUGAUUCAGCCCUUUACCUCGAGUUUAGAGCCACCUAAAACCAGAAAUAUUCUAGGCUUAGAUUUAGCAGACCUGUCCUUUCUAUCAGUCGACUGCUUCCACCUUAGCCAGAAAGGUCACGCUGCUUUUGCCACGAUGCAGUGGAACAAUUUGCUUCAGUCAGUUGGUAACAAAACUAUGGACUUUAUAAUGCCAAUGCAGGAAAUUGCGUGCCCUACGGAGAACGUGCCUUAUUUUUUCACUAAUGUUAACUCCAAACUGUACCAAAAUAUUGGCAGACAAUAAGAUUGAAGAC